UCGUUUUUCUUCCUGUUUUUUUUCACACACACCCUCUUUAUUAUUCCCACAACCCCUUUGCACCAUUUCACUUGCAGAUCUUUUUUUUCAUGUAAAAAUCAAAGAUCUUAGCUUGUGUUUUUAGAGGUGGAAAGUUGUUGUUGUUGUUGUUUUUUUUUUUUUUUUUUUUUUUUUUUUAAAUUAAGGAUGAAAAUUCAGUGUAACGCGUGUGAGAUAGCAGAGGCAAAAGUAUUGUGUUGUGCUGAUGAAGCAGCACUUUGUUGGUCAUGUGAUGAUAAAGUUCAUGCUGCAAAUAAGCUUGCUAGUAAACACCAGAGAAUGCCUCUUUCUGCUUCAUCUGCACCCAUGCCCAAGUGUGACAUUUGCCAAGAAACUGUUGGCUAUUUCUUUUGCCUUGAGGAUCGGGCUUUGCUCUGCCGAAAAUGUGACAUCGCUAUUCACACCACCAAUGCUUAUGUCUCAGCUCACCAGAGAUUCUUGCUGACUGGAGUCAAAGUGGGACUUGAACCUAUCGAUCCUGCUACAUCAGCAUCCUCAGGGAAGUCACAUUCUAUCCAGAAGGUUGUGGAGCAAGAAUCUCCUCCAAUUCCUAAGAGUACUACUCCUGUGUCAUCAAAUGCUCAGUGUGACGGCGUAUUACCUGUCCAGACUAGUGGGACUGGGGAUCUUGCACCUGGUAGACUUCCAUCGGUUGGAGGUUCUGCAGCUGGAAUCAUUCCACAAUGGCAGUUUGAUGAACUUCUUGGAAUGGGUGAUUUCAAUCAUAAUUACGGAUACAUGGAUUACGGGUCAUCUAAGGCUGACAAUGGAAAGCUUGGAGAAUCAGACAACUCUCCAAUCUUAAGAGAUGCUCACGCAGAAGUUGAAGGUGAUGAGUGCUUUAGUACGGAGGUGCCAGAUACAUGUUGGGCAGUGCCACAAAUUCCUUCGCCGCCAACAGCUUCUGGACUAUACUGGCCAACGAACACUUUCCAGAAUCCAUUUGAUGCUGGAGUGUUGGAAUCUGACCUUAGUUGCUUCCCUUCGCAGAAUAUCCAACAUCAACAAUCAAAUGGUUGUGGUUUCAAAAGGAGUAGGCAUUUCUAAGCACAUUCUCCUUAAGUUUCUUAUUAGUUGUCUUCCUUGCGAGACCGGUGCUAUAAAUGAUUCUGACUACUGCUGAACAUUUGGAUUUUACCUCAAUGGAUCAUGUUAUAGAAGACGCCAGUGGGUUUCCCAGGGUAUCUGAAACCAGCUCGACAUCUUCAAAAGCUCUUCACGGAUGGAAGGAGGUAGUUGCUCGGACUUCAUGAUUAAACAAAGUGGCAUACAUGUGGAGGUACUGUCUGGUUUGCUAUCACGUGAACGUUGGAGUUGGUCCAGUUUUUGAUACCUGCAGUAGCUAUCUAGGUCUAUCAUAUGUUCAAGUGUAACAAGUUCUAGUAUCAAUAGUUUAGGCGCAGAAAAAUAGUUUCAUCGUUCACGUUAGUUACAGAAUGGUGAUACGGUAAGAGCUUUUUGUCUCCACUUGUAGCUACCUAUAAAUAACAGACACUAAUCAGCUUAUGAAUGAUAUCUGUUUUGUUUCUUGUG